AUGUCGAAGCCCCAGGCUGAAAAUGCCCGUGUUCAUCCGCGUCGCCGGCCUGUUUUAAACGCGGACCUUCCUUCUCUAGUCACCGAGUCAGCUGAAUCCUCCAAGAUGGGUUUGAAGAAAGGAGAAACUUUCCAUACUCCAACCUCUCCUCCAUCGAAUGAUCGUGACCCGGUCUUGAACAUUCGAUCUUUGCCUCGUCGUUGUCCAACUUCGCUUGAGGCCAUCGCUGCCAGCGAAGAGCGCAUGACGUCGAUCCUAAACCGGUUGACCUUGGACUCCCCCGAAGACAGUGGGGAAGAACCAUCUGAUAGUACUGAACGUGCUUCGAAAGCUGCCACUGGACCAGCAUCUUCUUCCAGUAGAUCACGUCGAUCUUCCGUUGGCGAUGAUUCGAAAGAGAAAGCCCAAAGCCAGGAGCAUGGUCACGAAUCAGAUAGUGGUCUGGGCACAUCCGUUAGUAGUAAUGAGGAGCUGGCAGCAGAAACAACAGGAAAUGAAACACCACAGUCCCCGAUCACCAGCCCGAUAUCUACUUUUGAAGUCGGCACCACGGCUAAGCGACAACUCUCCUUGACCGCUUGCAAACAAAUCGAACGUUACAUACUUGUUCCCAUACUCAAGGACCCGAAGCUCAAACCUUUCCACCCAUUAGUGAAGUCAAUUCCGUCGCGCAUUCUGAAUCGGCAUAUAUUGUGCCUAAGGGAUGUGGAGAAGUCGUUGCUUUGGCUUGCUCCUAGGUUCUCCAACUCUCGACACCAAUAUCUCAACUUCGCCGAAUUUACGAUUCAGUGCUUGCACACGUCAGCUGCUCAUCUUAACGAUCGCGACCAGCGGCUACCUACCGAUCGACCAUACACUAACGGAUACUUCCUCGACCUUGUUUCACAGGUUCGACGAUACGCAGCCAUGAUACGUGCCAACCGUGAGCGAGCCGAACAGGCUCAGCCCCAAACCACAGCUUCCGACAAGGAGAAUAAGAUUUCGCUUGUUCCCAGCGCCGCUCUGGAGGGUGGUCUCUCCAAGAAUGGCAAACCCGCUGAGCUUGUUGUGAUGCAAGAUGGCAAGGCCAUCUCCAUGCGUACCGGCCUACCAUUCGUUGCUGAAGACACUCCUGCUACUUUCAAACGUACCAUCAGCUUCGACGAAAGAGCUGAUGAGGGUGUCCAGCGUUCUAUGGCUCGGCGCAAGAAGAAUGCCCCGCCCAUGGAUAUCAAUCAAAAGUGCAGCCACUGCGACAAGGUCUUCAAGCGCCCGUGCGACUUGACCAAACAUGAAAAGACUCACUCCCGUCCGUGGAAGUGCUCCGAUUCGACUUGCAAAUACUAUCAGAUUGGCUGGCCAACUGAGAAGGAACGCGAUCGCCACGUCAACGACAAGCACUCCGACACGCCUGCACUGUACAAGUGCAAUUUCCAGCCUUGCACCUACGCUUCGAAACGUGAGAGCAACUGCAAGCAGCACAUGGAAAAAGCUCAUGGUUGGGUAUACCUUCGAUCCAAGAACAAUGCCCGUGGGGACAGCAAACGUGCAUCCUCCAACCAGGCCUCUCGCACUCCUAGUGUGUCUACUCCAGCUUCGAAAUCCGUCGAUUUCCCUACUCCGAUGACUGGCCCCAGCCCCUCUCCUGGCCCGAGUUCGUCUAUGUUCCCUGAUUCGCUUCCUUUCAAUUUCAAUGAUCCUCCUAUCGCCCACAGCGAUGACUACCCACGCCUGUUUGAGACUUCGCCCUAUCCCAGCUCUUCCGCCGGCAUGAGCAACGAUAUCAGCUUCCCAACCUCCGUCAACCUCGACUCCUUCCAAACCCAAUUCGAGUCGGGCGAUCCUCACGGACUGAUUCCUUCUCUGGAAAUGCACCGUCAGUCGAUGAACUCGAUCUCGGUGCCUUCUGCCGAGUCUGUCCCUGAUCUCAUGGGUAUGUCUGGUUACGAUGGCUCUCCUAUGGCCGCUACAGACAACAGUCUCAACUUUGACUUUGAGUGGGGUAACCUGGACUACUCCGAAGUGGAUGCGGAUUAUACUUCCCUCAACAUGCAGCUGCAGACUCCUGCCCAGUCCGAGCAUAUCUACAAGGGAUAUUCGGGGCAAAUGGCGACAGGUCCAUCUCACCUGUCCAUGACUGCUCCCCACAAGAUGGCUGGUCUUUCUCCCAAUGCGCAGGGUAACCCUAUGCUGUACUCCCCUGGCUCCGAGCACUAUGAGUACAGUGCCCAGCAUCAGAAUGGCAACGACUUCAUGCUCUAUGGCGAGCAUGCUGGUAUGCAGAUGGCCCAGAUGAUCCCUUCCAUGACCCAGCACCAGGCCACUCGUCAGUAUGCCCAGGCUCAGACCAUGUUUCCCCCUCUCACUGAGCAGGAUGCCGUUCUCCAGGGCCUGCAGUCCUGGGCUACUGAGCCUCGCCAGGGAAAUAAGCCCGAGUCCUACAUGCACCACGAUAUGGAGCUUGAAUUCAUGAAGUAG